AAGGUUCCGUAGUGGCCAUAAUGCGAGUCACAUGACGCGUCACAAAAAUAACAAGGAAGUUUAGUUUUUUUGGCGCUGCUUCUAAAAAAUGAGGUUUUUAUCCGUCAUCUUUUACUUUAUUUCCUGCUCAUUUGUGUCGACAGACGAAAACAAACCAAUCCAGGCAUUUGUAAUCCCGCACAGUCAUAUGGAUGUGGGCUGGGUGUACACCAUUCAGGAGAGCAUGCACGCCUAUGCAGCCAAUGUGUACACCAGUGUGACAGAGGAGCUGUCAAAGGCGAAACAUAGGAAGUUUAUCGCCGUGGAGCAGGAGUUCUUUCGACUGUGGUGGGAUAAUGUGGCCUCAGACUCACACAAGAAACAAGUCCGGCAGCUUGUGAAAGAGGGCCGACUUGAGUUCAUCUUGGGAGGCCAAGUGAUGCACGAUGAAGCAGUCACUGAUUUAGAUGAUGAAAUCCUGCAAAUGACGGAGGGCCACGGUUUCCUCUAUGAGACGUUUGGGGUGCGCCCUCAGUUCUCGUGGCACGUAGAUCCGUUCGGAGCCUCUGCCACCACGCCGGUGCUCUUCGCCCUGGCCGGCUUCAACGCUCACAUCAUCUCUCGCAUCGACUACGACCUGAAAGACGGCAUGCAGCAAAACAAGAAAUUACAGUUUGUGUGGAGAGGUUCUGCCUCUUUGAAAGAGCAGAUCUUCACUCACACCAUGGACCACUUCAGCUACUGUACGCCAUCUCACCUGCCGUUUUCUAACAGCUCUGGUUUCUACUGGAAUGGCGUGGCCUUGUUUCCCGACCCCCCUAAAGAUGGCGUGUACCCCAACAUGAGUUUACCUGUCACCAAGGCAACAGUGCAAGCUUAUGCCCGGACUAUGGUGGAGAACAUCAAGCGGAGGGCUGCCUGGUUUAGGACCAAACAUGUUCUGUGGCCAUGGGGCUGCGACAAACAGUUCUACAACUCCUCAGUGCAGUUCAACAACAUGGACCCUCUAAUCAACUACAUCAACCAGAAGAGUGAAGAGUUUGGGGUAACAGUCCAGUAUGCAACACUUAGUGAAUACUUCCUCGCCGUCCACCAAUCAGAUCUGGUCUGGGAGGUCCGUGGCAGCAAAGACUUCCUCCCUUAUUCCACAGCAUCCCAGCAGGCCUGGACGGGGUUUUACGCUUCUAGAAACGUCCUGAAAGGGGUGGCAAGACGAGCCAGCUCCCAACUUCAUGCAGCAGAGACUCUCUUCACACGGUACCCGCCUCGACUACCCAGAGGACCUGUGGCUAAAGACUGGGCGCUAGCAAAACUGAGGUCUCUCCGCUGGGCCGUCUCUGAGGUGCAGCACCACGAUGGCAUCACGGGCACAGAGUCUCCCAAAGUGGCAGAGAUGUACCUGCAGCAUCUCACACAGGCCAUGAUGGGUGUGGACGAGCUUCUGGCUGCAAUUUUCUUGCUUCCGCACAACCUCAACAUAGAUGGCAACAAUUACCACACAAAAGGUGCUCACCAGACGAUGGAGCAGCACGUCAUUGUUUACAACCCAUUAGCGUGGAACAUCACCACCCUCGUCAACGUCACUGUAACCUUCCCGUUUGCAAGAGUCUUUGAUGAUGCCAGACAAGCCGUGCCUGCACAGAUCCAAAGGUCCGCCUUGUCGAACAGGACCUACGACCUCUUCAUCCUGGUGGAGCUAGGCGGCCUUCAGCACAGGAAGUACUUGAUAAAGUUCUCAGAGAAGCCAUGCUCCAGGAGGUCCAAGUGCCGCGAGACAUUCGAAGCGAGGGGGGUUCCGUUCGAGAGACGAAGUGUCCGGGAUUGGAAGAAAACAGCCAGAAGGCUCCUUCCGGUUCUAAGUGAAAGUUACAAGCUCAUGUUUGACCAGGACACCAAUUUACUGCACAGCAUCACAUACCUGCAAGACAAAAGAAGGGUACGGAUGACGCAGGAUUUUUGGGAGUACCAGGCCAACGGCGACGUCCAAACCGGGCCCAUCUCCGAUAACUACAUCUUCAGCGCCAACGGUUCAGCUGUGCGAGCGUACGAGGCUGUGCAAAUGGAGAUCGUUCCAGGCACCGUCAUGUCUGAGAUCAGACAGUACUUCUACAGAAACGAAAGCGAUGAGGACUACGCCUUCUCUGUCAUCACCCGGGUCCCGCAGUGCUUUGGGGGAAAGGUCGAGUGUCACAGGCUGGAGCAGACCUACUCACUGGGCCCCCUCCCCGUCAAUACAGAGGUCGUCUUCAGGACCAGUUCGUCCAUAAAGAGCGAGCGGACCCUCUACACGGACGACAACGGCUACCAGAUGAUGAAGAGGACCCACACCGAGUUCACCAACAACACCUUAGCCAGAAACUACUUCCCCAUGGUGCGGGCGGCCUACAUUGAGGACGAGCUCAGCAGGCUGGUGCUGGUCAGCGAGCGAGCCCACGGGGUGUCCAGCCAAGCCAGCGGACAACUUGAGGUCAUGCUCCACAGACGUCUGUGGAACAACCUGCCCUGGAACCUCGGCUACAACCUGACCCUCAACGACAGCUCGGUGGUCCGACCCACGCUAUGGAUGAUGCUGGGCUCCAAGGGCGUGACCUCCAAGCUCUACCAGCGGGCGGCAAUAGAGCUGCAACACACGCCUGUCGUCAUGGCCAUCGACCGGCCACGUGAAGGAGAAGGGAAAGGCUGGCUUGAGAAGGAGCCCAGAGGAAGUUCUCCUUCACGUGCUGUGGUGCUGCCCCCUAACCUCCACUUGCUCAGCCUCAGCAUCCCCGGCUGGAACUAUAGCUCCCAUCAUGACGUCCACCUCGGUCGCAUCCACUCAGACAAGCAUAGGCAGCCUGAGCCGGACUACGAUCGCGUCCUGUUGAGGAUCAUGCACAUCUUUGAGGAGGGAGAAGACCCCGAGCUCUCAAAGCCGAUCACCAUAAACUUACAGGAUGUGCUGCAGGCUGUUGGGGCGGUGUCGGCCGUGGAGGAGCGUUCCCUGACAGGGACCUGGGAUGUGGGCAGAAUGCAGAGGUGGACAUGGAAAACUACAGAAGAAAUAUCCUCAAAGAAUCUUAGCUCCAGCAGCGCUGGAGAGGAACAUUUCUCAGUGACCAUCUCGCCCAAACAGAUCAGAACUUUCUUUGUUUACUUCAAGCCCAGAAGUCGUUUUCUGUGACAACGCCUCCAUUUAUUUUUAGCGUCAAGUAGUCAAAUGUUUUGCUUGUUGAAGGGUUUUGCAUUAACACGCUGACAGAAUAAAGUUUAUUUAAUAAAUGUGUAUUUCUGGCUUCAUCAAUUUCAGCAAUCCGACCCCUGUCAAUGUAGUAGCUUAUUAGUAGAGGUAAAUUAUGAAUUAAAAGCUCGGGAAGUUUUUUGCGGUUCAUUUGCUGAUUAGCGUGUGAACCAAUGGUUUACAACAUAGAACCUUUUGACAAUUUUAAAAAUGUUAUGAGAUAAUUAAUUUGGGGUUUUUAU